CAUGUAAGAUAGCUAGAUUAUCCCUUUUUUUCUUUUGAAGUGUUGUGUUGCCUUAAACCAAAAGCUAGUCAUCUGGUAUUCUGUCCUGAUGGUGCCCAACUAAAGGCCUAUGGGAAGGCCACAAGCAAGAGAUGAACCAGAGCAGACUGCUGCAUUCAGAUUCCUCAAAUGAGUAUCCUGAUGUCUUGUUAAGCCAUAGCUUAAGAAGUACGACAAGUACACCCGGAUCUUCAGAAGGUAGCACACACCCUGAGUAUAUAGCUUUUUUGCUGAUUCCUGUCUUCUUCCUAAUGGGUCUCCUGGGGAUUUUGAUCUGUCAUAUACUAAAGAAGAAAGGAUAUCGUUGUACAACAGAAGCUGAGCAAGAAGCAGAGAAACUUCAAGAAAAGAUCGAACUGAAUGAAAGUACAAAUGAUAAUGGUGACACUGUGGGGCAAAUCGUUGACUACAUUAUGAGAAAUGAAGCUAAUGCUGAUGUGUUGAAGGCCAUGGUGGCAGACAACUCUGUAUUUGACCCAGAAAGCCCAACUAGUCCAGGGAGUCCAACUACUCCAGGAAGCCCUACAACUCCCGUUUCUCCUGUCUCACCUGGAGGGUCGAAGCAUACCUGUCGAGGCCGGCAUUUGCAUACUGUUGGUGGAAUUGCAGGGACAGGUGCUUGUACUCGCUGCAAUCAGAAAAGAUGGCAUCUUUUUAGUCCCUCAAAGAAACCUAAAGAAGUAAGAAGAGGCCGGCAUGGAGAAGUCACUGUGCUGUCUGUGGGAAGAUUUAGAGUCACAAAGGUGGAACAUAAAUCUGCUUCAAAGGAGCGCCGAAACUUGGUGUCUGUUAGCAGUGGAGAAGGUGUUAGUGGUGGAACAGCAGCGACUCCUGUCAAAGAAUGCCCUAAAGGAGUGACAGUUACACCUGCUGGGAAACAGGGAUCCAAAGAACUGCGUUUUACUCCUCCCCAGCAAGAACAGAGAGCUAGAUCUGGUUCAGAAUAACAGAUAGAGGCUUUUGGAAAAAGCAUAGACAAUGUAUUUGAAAAAAUGCAAACCUUGGACACUAAUAUCUCACCAAAGACUUAUUUGGGAAUGUACUCCUGCUGUGCAUUGCUUACAUGAUUGAAUUUUUGUGGGGUUGCAUUCCAGAUAUUUAACUUUUUUUAAGUAACUGAAAACAUAAUGAUAUUUUAGCUAUUGAAUUACUGUGUUAUAUGGUCAGCAGUUUUAUAUUUAAAUACUAAUACAUUUCCACUUUUAAUAAGGGGGGAUUUAAUGAUUUUCUUUUUGAAUGGAAAAAACAAAGGUCAGGUUGCCAAAAUAUUAUUGCAUUAUGUUGUAUUACAUUUUCCUAGAGGACUGAUGUUUGUUAUAUUGCCCCCUUUUGGGAACGAAUUGGAGGAGACCAAAGCUUUGAACUAUAUUUUGGACUUAACUUAUUGUUAUAGUAACAGUGAUUGGUAAAUUAAGCACUACUUAAUUAUAUUUCUUCUGUAUACUUUCCAUAGUUAUUAUUUUUGGGUUCAAAGCAAUCUAUGCAGCCUAUAGCAGAGUAUACACAGUACAUUCAUGGUUGCUAAAGUAUGAAAUACUGAUGCAAUCUCAAAGCAACCUAUUCAGCUUUGCUGACUUGUCGAUGAGUAACUAUGGAACUAAUUUAUGAUUUUGUUUUUGUGUGUUUGCAUGUGUUGAUCUGAGCUUCUUAAUUUUGGGGACUGAUAAUUCCUCCAGAUGAAUUGUGAAGACAACCUUCCUUCUAAAUUCUCCGACAUAUUGCAACCUUUGGAGAAUUUCAAAAGUUAGUGUUAAUUAUGAGCUCAAGAUGCAUGUGAGAAAUUUUUCUUCAUUACUGGAUUGCUGUGAGUUUUCUGGGCUGUAUAGCCAUGUUCCAGAAACAUUGUCUACUGACGUUUUGCCCACAUCGACGGCAGGCAUCCUUCUGGAACAUGGCCAUACAGUCCGGAAAACUCAUAACAACCCAGUGAUUUUGGCCAAGAAUGCCUUCGAUAAGCCACUGUUCAUAACAUUAUGUUCCCAUGAGCCAAGAGAUUAUGAGCUAUGCUAGAGCCAGUUGACUUCCAGUAUAACUCUUUUGUAUAUUUAAUACAUCUUUGUAUUUUCAAUUUAGCAGAAAUUAACGACUUGAGCAUGUGGAAAUUUGGUUAAAGUAUGGGAAAUUGGCAACGUGUUUUUCGUAAAAGAUGCUUGAAGAAAUCUUUAAAUGACAAGUUUUGAAAAUGAUGAAUCUGGCCAAAAUCCCUCUUACUUAACAAGUUUGAAAUAUAAAAUCAGUGUUUUUCAUUUAGUGCAAAUUGUGUGGGCCUUGAAACCAGAAACUUUAUCAGAAUGUCAAUCUAUUUUAGACAUAGUUCAUUGCUUGCUUGAUGAGAGAAAAUAUAUUCCAGAACCUCACAUGAAAAAGAGUACAUCUUGAUGUGAUAUCUAUUUUUCCUUGGCAGAACAGCAGCGAAGCAUUCUGUGACACUAAGUAUAUUUGGUCCUCAUUGAUGUGCUUUGGGCACUUUUGUUUAGUAAUUUUUCUAAAUACCUUUGUUGUACUUCUGCAAAGCAGAUUCCCAGCAGCCUCUAAAUACUACACCUUUGUGGGUAGAUAUUACCAUUUUAUUUAUGUAAUUCUGAACUUUGUAUCUAGAAGAUAUGAUGACUUAGUCACAGUUAACUUCCUUUGUUGAUUUCAGUGAGACUUAAGCCCAAGUCCUACACAUGCAUAUUUGAUCCCCGAUUGACUAGAGCAGUGGUUCUCAACCUGUGGGUCCCCAGAUGUUUUGGCCUUCAACUCCCAGAAAUCCUAACAGCUGGUAAGCUGGCUGGGAGUUUACAAAAAACCUGGGGACCCACAGGUUGAGAACCACUGGACUAGAACUAUAUAAUUGACUUGAAAAACCCCAUGUUAGACAUAUUACAGGAUUUUUUACCAUUGUGAAAUGCAUUUUAAAGAUACAAGGGGAACUGGAAACACUAUUAUCCCUAGAAAGCACUGCUUCUGUGACAGAGGCCAACAAUUAAUCAUGAAUCUUUUAUCAUGCUUUUGUGCUACACAAAGCAUAAUGGAUGUAAAAGCUACAAUUCCUACUCUAGAGGCCAGUCUUUGUGUGUAAAGUUUAUUUUGGUGCAAUCCUGACUGUACAAUGGAAUUUGUCAGUGGAUGAAACGUUGUUUGAAGCAAAUGAUAUAUCCAUCAUUCCAGGACCUCCUUGCAAAAUCCAUGAUCACCUAGAUCAAACUGCACUGACCAUCUGUUCGAGCAGCUUUCAUGCAUAAAUCAUGUAUAUACCUUUUUAUCCUGUUGUCAGAGCAGAUUGUGCAGAUUGUUCAUAUGCCUCAGAUGAGUGUAGCAUGGUCUUCUUAUAACACAAACUACUGUAUCAUGAUUGUAUGACGUGUGACUUGCCAUAGUAAAGGAAAAAUUCCCUUUUUACAAGCAUGUGCAUUAAAUGUAUUUUAACAAUACGGUUUGUAUGAAUAUUUUGUACAACUUAAAAAAUAAAAAUGACAAACCCCUUUUUAAA